AUGGAGAUCUCCGGCUUGAUAGACAGGCUGAGCUGCUCGAUCUGCCUGAACGUCUUUGCCGUGCCGGUAACCCUGACCUGCGGGCACAACUUCUGCCGGGCUUGCAUCGCUCAGGCACUGGGGGCACAAGAUGCUUCCGGAGUCUAUUCCUGCCCAGAGUGCCGAGCGGAAUUCCCGGACUGUCCGGCUCUGCAAGCCAACAGCAACCUCCAAAACAUAGUGGAGAUGUUCUACUCCGAGCAGCCGGAAUCGGAGGGAUUCGCCGUUCUGUGCACGUUCUGCGUGGAUUCUCCGGCACCCGCGGUGAAAACGUGUCUGCGCUGCGAAAGUUCUUUGUGCCACGACCACCUGAAAGCCCACAGCAAAUCAGACCAGCACAUCCUAAUCGAUCCCGCUGCCUCCCUGGAAGAUCGAAAAUGCUCCUUCCACAAAAAAAAGCUGAUGCUUUAUUGUUACGAUGAUGAAAAAUUGAUUUGUGUCGACUGCUGCCCUGCGGAGCACGAGGUGGAGCUGAUCGAUGAAGCAUCUGAGAAGAAGAAGGGAAAGCUGAGGAAGCUUCUCGAUGUAUUGGCCUCCAAGGAAGAGGACAUUGAUGGUCAGAUCUGGAAUUUUCAGGAGAAGGUCAGAGAAAGGGAAGAAAAGGUCCUCGACUUAGCAGACAAGGCAACUGCUCUGUUCAGAAACAUCCGGAGGCAACUGGAAGAUCUGGAGAAAAGAGUCCUGACCGAGGUCUUCAGAGGGGGCGAGGAGUUUUCCCAGCAUGUCUCAGGUCUGAUCAAGCCUCUCCAAGUCAAGAAGGACGAGCUGUCCAGAAAGAGACAACACCUCGAGGAGCUGUGCAACAUGGCCGACCCAAUAGGGAUCUUGCAGGAGCAGAAGUUGGACUUUCGCACCCCCGAGGAAUGGGAUAAACGUUUCCUAAAUAGAGGCGAUAUCCGGAGUCUUGGCACAGGAGACCUGGAUGAAGGUCUGACCUUGGAGACCAUUCACUUAGGACUGUCGGACAUUGUGAACAAUCUUUCCUCAAAGAUCUCCAUCCUCGAAGCUUCAGACAUAGUUCUGGAUGUAAACACAGCAGCAGCCAACAUAGCCGUGUCACCGGACAGGAAAAUGGCGUUGUUGCCCCAGACAGACCAGUAUUAUCCAGAAUCACCAGAGAGGUUUGAGGACGGCCAAGUGAUAAGCUGCAAGAGCUUCUCAUCAGGGCGGCACUUCUGGGAAGUGGAGACCAGCGAACUGGGAGACUGGAUGAUGGGCCUGGCGUACCCCUCCAUAGACAGGCAUGGGGACCAUUCGUGGCUGGGAGAAAACGCCAGGUCCUGGUGUCUAACCAGAUAUCGCAAUCAGUACUCGGUGAUACACGAUGGAGAAGAGCUCCUCAUACCCUUCCAGAGCCUGGGUCGGAGAUUCAGGGUCUACCUGGAUUACGAAGGUGGACGGCUGUCCUUUUAUGAGCUGGGGAACCAAAUCAGACACUUGCACACUUUUUCCACCGUCUUUACGGAGCCCCUCCAUGCUGCUUUUGGUGUUCUAGAGGACCAAGAGGACUGCUGGUUGAGAAUCAGAAGUUAG